AACCCCAUCAUUCCCUCCCUCAGCCCCUCCCCCUCCUCCUCCGCCAUGCCCCGACCCUGCUCCCCCCCUCCCCCUCCCUCCUCCUCCUCCUGCUCCUCCUCCUCCUCGCUGUUGCACGUGGAGUUCCCGCAGGUGCCGCCGGCGCUGCUCUCCAACCUGAACCAGCAGCGCCUGGAGGGGAAGCUCUGUGACGUCUCCAUUCACGUGCAGGGCCGCGAGUUCCGCGCGCACCGCGCCGUGCUGGCCGCGUCCUCGCCCUUCUUCCACGACCAGCUGUUCCUGAAGAACCUGGACUCCAUCGAGCUGCCCGGCGUCAUGGACCCCGCGGCCUUCGCGCUGGUGCUGGGCUGUGCCUACACCGGGCGCCUGUCCAUGGCCCGCGGGGACCUGCUCAGCUUCCUGACGGUGGGCAGCGUGCUGCAGAUGUGGCACAUCGUGGACAAGUGCACCGAGCUGCUGCGGGAGGGCCGCGCCGCCGAGCCGCCUGCUUCCUCCUCGUCCUCAUCAUCCUCAUCGUCUUCAUCAUCAACAUCCUCCUCUUCCUCCUCCUCCUCGCGGCUGCUCUCCAGCCGCGCCAGCGACAGCCAAUCCCCCAGCAGCACCAAUGCGCUGCUCCCGGCGCCGCUGCCCGAGCUCCCGGUGGGGAAAGCGGGCAGCGAGGAGGAGGAGGAGGAGGAGGAGGAGGGCAGCGAGGAAGGGCCCCGGGCUCUGCCCCAUAAACCCUGGGUUUUGGUCAAGCGCCAGUGGCUGCAGGAGGACCUGGUGCUCACCUGCGAGGAGGAUGAGGAGCCUGUGGGAGGGGAGUGCCGGGAAAAUCCAGGAAUUCCUGGCGGGAAUGAAUCCGCCCGAAUCGUGAAUCCUGGAGCCGCCCGCAGAGCACCCCGCGCGGCUGGGGCGGGUCCCGGCCCCUCGCAGCCCUCACCUGCCGCCCAGGUGAGCUCGUGUGGCUCAGCCAAGGUGUUCGUGUGCCACUGCGGGAAGGCGUUCUCGCACCGCAGCAUGCGCGAGCGGCACGUGAACAUGCACCUGGACCUGCGGCCCUUCACCUGCGCGCAGUGCCGCAAGCGCUUCAAGAUGAAACAUCACCUGACGGAGCACAUGAAAACCCACACCGGGCUGCGGCCCUACACCUGCAGCACCUGCGAGCGCACCUUCAUGUGGAGGGACAGCUUCGUCAGGCACCGGGGCACCUGUGCGGGGACAGCUGGCACACCUGAGUGA